AUGGUCCUCCUGGUACCCAUUGCUGUUUUCCUCCUAGCCAUCACUGUCCUGCACGUCCUAACAAAGCUUUGGCUGAACAGAUAUGUCCGAGCUCUACCGCCAGGGCCCAGAGGACUCCCGAUCCUGGGAAACGUCAGCGACAUGCCCAAGCCGGGUGUGCUCGAAUGCCACCACUGGUUCGAGCACAAGAAAAAGUACGGGCCUAUCUCUUCUGUGACUGUCAUGGGCCAAACCAUA